AUGCCCACCAAAGUGAUAUUCGUAGACAGCGACGGAUUCGAGCUUGCUGCUUAUGAUGCAGACGACGGUCUCUCAAAACAAAUGGCUCUCCGUUUCACGGCACGCGGCGGCAAACUGUGCGAGAGCGUCGAGGAGGCGAGCUACGUGAUCAUCAAUCAGGAUAAAGGUGAUUGGAGAGGCGCGUUCCGCACCUACGUCUCGGACGACAGGAUCGCUCUUGCGACUGGCUGGAUAGACGCCUGUAUUGACGCCGGCCGCGCUCUGCUUGAGGACGAUCAGUUCGGAGGUUUCCGUCUUCGUCCGCACGACACACCGCCUGCAUCUGAACACCGCACUCCCCUCCCGACACCUCGCACCACACCGACCUCCUCUGCCCCUCCCAACAUGCCCCCCAACAGUCAUAGUCCGCAAUACCAACCCACCCCUGGGCAUUCGGCUUCUCCCUCUGGUCAGCAGCCGACCCCUGUCUUCCCGCAGGCCGGGCCGCCCGGUGGGUACUAUCAAGGACAAACCCCCAUGACCGCUGGCUUCCCCCAUCAGUUCUCCCAGCACACCUUGCUUCAAGGUCUCAUGAACCACAUUCAACAGUCAGGAAAUGCCGCCGGACAGCCUGCUUUCGUGUCCUACUCUCAGCCUCAGCCUUCUUAUCAGCAGCAGCCAAAUCCCGGGCAGUCUCAGAACCCCUAUCCAAUGCCACAGGCAUCUUUGCAUCCGCACUUCCUGGCUCAGUACAGCGAACAAUUGUUGCAAAAUAUCAACAUGCAGCAGGUUCACGCUGCGCAAAUACAACAAGAGCUGCAGACUUUCGAUUUGAACAACCCCUUCGUCGUCGACACCCUCGUUGCUGUUGCCCAACACCAAAACAAUGUAGCUGCACUACAGCUUCUCCAGACUAUCCGAGCUUUCCACCCCCAAAUGCCGGCCACCCCUAUGUUAGCGAGCUCGCCGCCUAUGCACUCCGCACAUAUGUCCUACUCGCCCGUCGAGGACGAUGCGCCAGCGCCCUCAACGCGCAAGCGCAAGUCCGAGCAGAUGGCGGCAGAUGGCGGUGAUGCUUCCGAACCACGCAAGGUUGCCAAAAGGCCCAGCAUCGCAGGAGCAUCGAAGGACAAGGGAAAGCAGAAGGCGGUGCCCUCUACGCGCCCGAAUGGCCCGUCCUCGCGCAAGGUGUCGUCUUCUACGGAUCUGCGUGGCGAAGCAUCGGGCUCGGGCUCGAAGCCGGCCGUUAAGCAGGAGAAAGAUCGAAUCUUUAAGAAGAAGAACGGCGAGCCUUUAUCUGUCUACGUGUUGGAAGGUCUCUGGGGAAGCAAGAGCCGAGUAAUCCUCGCGGCCGUGAAGGCGCAUGGUGGCACGUUAAUAGGUGCGGGUCGUCUUGAAGAGGCCGACUUUUGUGUCAUGGAUCGCUCAAACAGCAAGGAUGCCAAGAAGCUCCUCGAUAUGGCAUCCAAAGCCGACGUCACGAUGGUCAAUGCCGAGUUUGUUCCCAAAUGUGUCGAAAAGGGCAGGCUUCUCCGCUACACCGACUUCCCGUCCCCUCUCAAUGUCGUAUCUGGAUCCGAGUCCAAGCGCGUCGGCAGACCGUCGCACUCCUUCUUCACAGAGGAAAAGCCGAGAAAGGGCCAGAAAGACGAUUUUUUGGAUGACGACGAGGACUCAGAAGAUUCAGAGGAUACGUCUGAUGACGAGCCUGUGCCGCGGAAGAGGCCGCGAACGAGAACGUCUGAAAAGCGGCCGGAUAAUAUUACCGCCACCACGUCUUCUCGCUCAAAGGGCCGCACCGCUUCAGGAGGUGGCGCGAGUUCGUCCACUCCGGUCAGGAGCUCGAAGGGGAUCACGACUGUCAAGUCGGCCAAGGAGCAGUCGGCUGUCAAGCAGCCGAAGCUUAUACCCAAGCCGAAGUCCCCAGCCCAGGUUGUUCCGAAGCCGCCGCCAGCGAAGGUCGCGCAGAAGUUUGCAGUGGAGAAAGCCGCGUCGAAGCCUGAUGUCGCCUCGGCGGCAGAACGUGACUCGCCGAACCCUCCUCCGCCCGAGAAGUUCGAUGGCAAGCGAUAUAAGUUCACGGACGAAGAGAUGGAGUGGGCGUGGAAUAAAUUAGCGCGUAUGGCUCAGCAGGACGAGUUUCUUUCUUUGGCCAAGGCAUGCGAGGGCCUUGCGAAGAAGACACCCCACCAUUCCGCAUCCUCAUGGCGGGGCAAGCUGGAACGAGAUCUGGACAGAUUUGAAGAAAUUCGCGCUGAGGCUAACCCGUCCAGAACUGGUGCUCAUCCGCCAGUCUCUUCUGCAGGCUCUGCCAUGCCACCGAAGCUUCGAGUCAACUCGUCCGGCUCUUCGACGCAAGUGGAGGCAGCAUCUGAGUCCGCUACCUCGGCUUCGGCUGUCGCGACCGCUCAAGCGGUGCAAUUGGAUGAAUCAAAUCAGUCUUCACAGUCCAACUCUGCAUCAGCGAGCUCGCAAGCGGCACCGACGGGGGAGUUGCCGGCUAUCCGUUCCGACGAAGGAGACGAUCUCGAAAUGGCCAUCUCCUUCCUGAUCCAUUACGAACCCUCCAAACAGGUCGAGAUUCCAGGCGAUGAGACUAUUUGGCCCGUACUGGCCCGUACACUUGCGCCAUGUAAAUCGCAACCUUCCUGGCAGGAGUUUUGGGAGAAAUAUGAGAGCAAUGUUCUCCAAGGGGUCCAGGAACGGGUAGCAUCCGGGAACACAGCCGCAGGUCCACCAAACAUCGUAUAA